UUAAGUUGAACAUCAGAAGAUAUGGCCUUUCUAGCAGUCUACCUUUUGAUUGGGAUGUUUAUUUACUCUAGCCCUGUAAAAGGAUCUUCACAGCCUCAGCCCAGGGUGUUCUUAACAUUCAAUGAGCUGCAGGAAACCAAGACCUCUGAAUAUUACCGUGUAUCCCAUCACCCCCUUGACUACAGGAUAUUAUUGAUGGAUGAAGAUCAGGACCGGAUCUAUGUGGGCAGCAAAGAUCACAUUUUGUCUUUGAAUAUUAACAAUAUAAGCCAGGACCCUCUGAGUAUUUUCUGGCCAGCAUCAGCAAUCAAAGUUGACGAGUGCAAAAUGGCUGGCAAAGAUCCUACACAUGGCUGUGGAAAUUAUGUACGUGUGAUACAGACCUUCAAUCGCACCCAUUUGUACGUCUGUGGGAGUGGGGCAUUCAGUCCAGUAUGCACAUACCUCAACAGAGGGCGCAGGUCUGAGGAGCAAGUCUUCAUGAUCGACUCCAAGUGUGAAUCAGGGAAGGGACGCUGCUCUUUCAACCCUAAUGUGAACACGGUAUCUGUUAUGAUCAAUGAAGAGCUGUUUUCAGGAAUGUACAUAGAUUUCAUGGGUACUGAUGCAGCUAUUUUUCGCAGUUUAACCAAACGGAAUGCAGUGAGAACUGACCAACACAAUUCUAAGUGGCUGAGUGACCCUAUUUUUGUAGAUGCUCAUCUCAUCCCUGACGGCACAGACCCUAAUGAUGCUAAAGUGUACUUCUUCUUCAAAGAAAGGCUCAUAGACAACAGUGGAAGCACCAAACAGAUUCAUUCAAUGAUUGCUAGAAUAUGCCCAAAUGAUACUGGCGGACAGCGUAGUCUUGUAAACAAGUGGACGACAUUCUUGAAAGCAAGACUCGUGUGCUCAGUAAUGGAUGAGGAUGGAACAGAAACGUACUUUGAUGAAUUAGAGGAUGUAUUUCUCCUAGAAACAGAUAACCCUAGAACAACACUGGUGUAUGGAAUUUUUACAACAUCAAGUUUUGUAUUUAAAGGGUCUGAUAUCCAAACAGUGUUCAAUGGGCCUUUUGCACACAAGGAAGGUCCUAACCACCAGCUAAUCCCAUAUCAGGGAAGAAUUCCAUAUCCACGACCUGGCACAUGUCCUGGAGGAGCCUUUACACCCAAUAUGCGAACAACUAAGGAAUUCCCAGACGACGUUGUGACCUUUAUUAGGAAUCACCCCUUGAUGUUCAAUCCCAUUUACCCAAUACACAAAAGGCCAUUAAUCAUUCGGACAGGAACAGAUUACAAGUACACAAAGAUAGCAGUGGACCGAGUUAAUGCUGCUGAUGGACGAUACCAUGUCUUAUUUCUGGGAACAGAUCAGGGGACUGUACAGAAAGUUGUUGUUCUACCCACAAACUCUUCUGCAAAUGGAGAACUGAUUUUAGAAGAACUGGAGGUUUUUCAGAAUAAUGCUCCCAUAACAACAAUGAAGAUUUCAUCUAAAAAGCAACAGUUAUAUGUGAGUUCGGAGGAAGGGAUCACCCAGGUAUCUUUGCAUCGCUGCCACAUCUAUGGAACAGCCUGUGCUGACUGCUGCCUGGCCAGAGAUCCUUACUGUGCUUGGGAUGGCAAGUCCUGCUCCAGGUUUUACCCAACAGGGAAAAGGCGGAGUCGCAGACAAGAUGUGAGACAUGGAAAUCCUAUGACUCAGUGCCGAGGAUUUAACCUGAAAGCAUACAGAAAUGCCGCAGAAGUUAUCCAGUAUGGUGUGAAAAAUAACACCACCUUCCUUGAGUGCAGCCCUAAAUCUCCCCAGGCAUCCAUUAAAUGGCUCUUACAGAAAGACAAUGACCGAAGGAAAGAGGUCAAACUUAAUGAAAGGAUCAUAUCAACUGAGCAAGGACUCUUGAUUCGCUCUGUCCAGGAUACUGAUAGAGGACUUUACCACUGCAUUGCAACAGAGAACAGCUUCAAGCAAACCAUAGCAAAGAUCAAUUUCAAAGUGUUAGAUUCAGAUAUGGUGGCCUUCAUGACUGACAAGUGGUCCCCCUGGACCUGGGCAAGCUCUGUCCGAGCACUGCAGUUCCAUCCAAAGGACUUCAUUGGGGCUUUCACCCAUUCAGAAAUGCAGAUGAUUAACCAAUACUGCAAAGACAGUAGACAGCAAGGGCAGCAUGGAGAAGAAUCCCAGAAGAUGAGAGGGGAUUAUGGCAAGUUAAAGGCCCUGAUUAACAGCAGGAAAAGUAGGAACAGAAGGAAUCAAUUACCAGGAUCUUAAUUUUUUUUUAUUUGUAGUCGCAUAUAUGUUUGUUCUCCCUGCAGGGGCUCUUGUUUGUCUGUUGAGAGCAUAUUAAAAAAAAAACUAGUAAAUCAAGCUUGAGAAAUGACCCUUCUCCCAGUAAAAUGCAGUGUAAAUUAAUUCAAGCAAAUAUACAAGAAGUAUUUUCUUUGUGUGAUGCUCACUAGCACUUGUAGGCCCCUAUUGCAUCAGCAAAACUGAAUAUUUACCUUAACCCAUUUGAUAUACUGAUAUUUACUUAUAGUUUAAAAGAAAAAAAACAGUGCAUUAACUUGCAGUUUGGGGAUUAAACAGAACAGAAGGGAAAAGAGACCAUUUAGGUUAAGGUAGAUGUUCAGAUAUGGGAGAUGCUCAUGUGUUUCUUUCACUGCAUUUAAGUCUCUGAGUUUCUAAUUGUUUACGGUUCUAUGUUGGGUUUACAGUUUCAUUUUGUUGUACAUGUCACAUAAGUGCAUGUAGCUAAGAAGCUAGCAAAAGAAAAGUACAGUAGAAGUGGAUAGUACAGAAAAAAACCUGAAAGUAACAUUAAAGUAAAAGCAGGACAAAAAGGAGAAAAAAAUGCUUUUAUACUUCAGGAAACAUUAAUUACUGUCAUAAUAUGAGCUGUAAUACAUUUUGAGAUUACAUUUACAAAUAUCUCUGCUCAUAAUAACCUCAACUAGCAUAUUGGCCUAAUAAAACUGCAUAGCUUUGUAAGCAACAUGAGGACAUUAUAAGUAAUGUUUUCAAAAGUAUUUAAGUCACAAGGUGCUUUUGAAAAUGUUACCUUCCUGUGAGCAGAAUGUGGAUGUAUAUUACAUUUCCUCAACUACUAGAACCACAGAUUUAUUUUAUAAUAUCCCAAAUGAUAAAGGUUAGAGCAAGUUCAAAGACGUAAGGGAAAAUAAUCAUUAAUAACAUAUCCAAAAAUACUUUAUUUCAAAAUUUUCUCAGUUUUCAAUGUUUCCCGUUUCUUUCAUCCUUUCCCUCUUUUAAAUAACCCAGUUGGUAGGAGUUGCUGAAAAGGGGAAACAAAGGAAGAUUUAGAAAGGGGCAAAAAAUGUAUAAAAAUUUGUCCCCUCCCCAUAAAAGGAACAUUUCAAAGCUAGAUUUUUGUGGGCAAUUUUCAUUUUCAAAAAACAUUUUUUAGAAAAAAAAAUUAUUCAAAAAAAUCACCACCAACUCUGAUGAAAGUGAUAAUUUGUAACAUGAUAAUAGAACUGGUUGAAAACUAGGUGGAUGUUUUUCGGUCCGUACAUCCAUUCAGCUUGGUUAAAAAAAAUCACCAUUUUUCAAUCAUAUGCAAAAUACCAGGGGCUGAUCCUGCUACCCUUACAUAUGUGAGAAGUUUCUUGCAAUCCAGUAGGACUGCUCACAUAAGACAGUUAUUAGUCACAGCUAGCACUACAGAAUUUCAUAUUUAGCUAAGUGACAUCUUAUGGCUGUCUGCAACAAAAUAAGCUAAUUAAAGAUAUGAGAUAUUUAACCAACAUAAGAUAAUUUUAUUACGAAUUGAGGAAAAAUAACCUCUAACCCCAGAGAUGAUCUAAAAAAAAAUCCAGCACUUCUAAUAAAGUGAUGCCUUCAAAGUAUCUAUAUCAACCGUUUGAAGCCUGUGGGUCAGGACCCUGUAGUGAAUCACAACCCCAUUUUAAUGAGGUCACCGGGGUGGAGUUAUACUUGCUGGGGACCAGGCCAAAACCACAGAUUAAAGGCUUCAGCACUGGGUGGCAAGGCUUGCAUUACAGACCCUCCUGCCUGAGGCUGAAGCAAUGGGGCAAGGGCUUUUCCUUUGGGCAUUGGUUUCAUGGGGCAGUAGGGCUCAGGCUUUGGCUUUGCCCCCACUCAGGGCAGUGGGUCUCAGGUAGGCUCAGGCUUCAAUCUCUCCUCCUGGGAUAAUGUAUGUGAAGUUUUGUUGUCAGAAGGGGGUCGCAAAGCAAUGAAGCUUGAGAACCCCUUAUUCUACCCAUUAUUAUUUUCACUGUAUGGUUUUUUAAAUAGUUAGUGGGAGUUCUUUGGGCCUGAUUCUUAUCCCAUGCCUAUUGGUAUCUAUUGGGAGAAAAGUCUACUGAAGCAAGUAGAAUUAUUCUAGAUUUACACUAGUGUGAUGCAGAAUCUGCCACACUUGCAUUGUUCUGGUUUCAAACUGAUGCAAGUAGUAUCGAUCGGGCACUUCAGUGACAGAAGAGAUGGGGAAUAUGCUUUGAUUCUGCAGAUUACUGAUGCCCAGGCUUAUGCCCCAUUGCCAUCUGUGGGACUCACUCAUAUUUCACUGUAAGUUUGGCACACACUCAAAUGCUUUGUUUACAAAUGGAUGGAUAGCUCAUAUGCUUAAAUCUGAGCCUGUACUUCAGUGCUUUGCUGAAUCAAGGCCAAAUGCAUUUUAGUGGAUAUGUACACUGGUGUUUAAUGGCCUGAACCAAAGCCCAUGGAAACCAAAGGGAAGACAUCCAUUAAUUUAAUUUAAUUGAGCCUUGGAUCAGGGUCAGGAUCAAGAACUGGCAGGGUAGAGUCUACAAAGAUUGAAUACAAAUGAGUGAAGGAAAAUCAGUGCUUGACAAGUGUCUUGCAAUGGAGGAAAUAUCUUUUGGGUAGGAUGGGAGACUUUCUGAUCAUUCAAUACUUAAUUUACAAGCCAAAAAGUUGUUUGGGGCUCCACAAAACAAAACUACCUCCUACACUGACAUUAGUUUAUGUACACUGUAUGCUACACUUGCUCUGCCAAUGUUAUCCAGCAGACUCACUGCACAGUUAGUAAAACAUUAAUGUCUGUUGUGAGGCUCAUAAUUGAUUCCAGUGAAAUAUGGCAUUUAAUAAGUAUUUAAGUGUUCAAUUUAUUCUUUGAGUGGUUGACUAUAGUGAUAUUUUAAUAGGCCCCAUCAGGCCUCAAAAAUGAUAGUUACAUUGUUUUCAACAGAAUACUGGCAAUAUGGGAUUCAGUUAAAACAAUCAGAAUAGCUCUGAGUUUCAUAUGAUUAUAAAAUAAUAUUUUUAAAGCUGCUUCACAUACAAUUCUUAUGGUAUGACUGUUUAAGGGAUUACACUUAAACUAACAUUUUUAUGCUGCAUGAAAACUUAAGUGUAUACAUAACAAACUUCUGCCAAUGUGUAGCCGGUACUGCCUUCCACACUUUAGCAGAUCUCCUCUGGGUACAGCAUAGCUAGGGGGCAGAUUCUCAGCAGAUGUAAAUAGCUGUAACUUCCUUGAAGUCCAUAGACCUACAGAGAUUUACAUCUUCUGAGGGCCUGGCCAUAAAUGUACAGGAUAGACAUUUUUUAAUUUUUAAAAUAGACAUCCCCAUUUGUAUGUAACAUAGACAUUUAAGAUUGUGAUAUUUGUGCUAUUUAAUAACUUCCUAUUUUGAAGAUUACUGAAUAAUGUAUAUAAUUUUAUUCCUUUUUUAAUGAAACACCUUCUAGACAUAACUUUGCCAAAUUUAAAAAUAAGUUCUCUGUCAAGAACUUCAUACGUGUACUUUUUUGCUGUUCUUAUUUUGUGUAGUUUGUAAAGUUUGUUGAAAUUCUGAUUUAACGAUGUGUACUUUGCAAUCUUUGGUACUGUAGAUAAAUGUUUUUCAUUCAGAAACCCUCUUUUUUUUUAAAAAAAAAAAAGUGUAUGUAUGUGUAUAGUUCCUAGCAUGAUGAAACUGUCAUUACAGUGAAUAUUGCUUAUAUCUUGUGAAAGAAAAAAACAAAAUGUAGUUUAACACAGUGGUAUUUAAUUGGAUACAUAAAAUAUUAUUUGCUUGACAAAAUAAAGUGUGUUGAAACCAUUUCA